UAAUUUCCAAAAUGGCGAAUUCAUGUGAUGUUUUGUUUAGAUGUAUGGUCUCCCUUGCGAUCGAUUUUGCAAUGCCUAGUUAUCACAGUUGAUAUUUAAUUAUACAAGUAAACAAACUGAAAGACAUAAUCAUAAAUGUUUGAUGAUGUCAAACAAGCUUGUGACAAGCUUGUAUCACACAAUAGGAGCUCAUUCAUCAGAUGUAAACUGUGUGGCAUUCUCUAAUGGGGAUUUACUAGCCACUGCAUCAGCCGAUAAAACAGCACGAUUAUGGAACACAGAUGAUUUCACAGAACAUAAACAUUCACCCUUGUGUGGACAUCAGUAUUAUGUACAUUGCUGCACAUUUUCUCCCUUUGGAACCACCCUUGCUACAUGUUCAACUGAUGGCAAAUUGAUUUUAUGGGAUGUAAAGACUGGUAAUAAGAGUGCUGUGUUACAUCAUGAGAGUCAGAAUAGUAUACGAGUCUGCCGGUUUUCUCCAAACUCAAAUUACAUUUUAACUGGAUCAGAUGAUGAAUUAUUAUGUAUGUGGGAAGUGUCAAGCAAAAAGUUAAUCAGAACCUUCACAGGACAUGAAGCAUCAGUUGUAGGAUGUGAUUUUUCACCAGACAGUAACUUCAUAGUAUCAGGCAGCUGCAAUGGUGACCUUCAGGUCUGGGAUGCUAAAUUUGGUCAUGGGAAAUGUCUGAAAUAUAUUGAUGAAGGUCAUGACCUUGGAGUCAGCUGCUGCCAGUUUUCUCCUACUUAUGGGUCUGCAAAAUCAGUUUCAUCUGACAAUGGAACAGUUACAUUUAUGUUUGCCAGUGGAGGACAAGAUGAUCUCAUCAAGUUGUGGGAUUUCCAGGCAGUUCUGGGUUCUGCUGCUGUUUCAGUUAACCUCAAAUUGACAUUGAAAGGUCAUUCAGGACCAGUAACAUGUUGUUCUUAUUCACAUGAUGGAAGUCUUUUGGCCUCAGGAUCAAUAGACAAAACUGUGAGACUAUGGGAUGCAAUACACGGAAAUUCAUUACAUGUAAUAGAAGGUCAUGUGAGAUAUGUUACAAGUUGUUCUUUUUCAUAUGAUGGACUGUUUCUAGUAUCAGGUUCCAAUGACAGAACUGCUGUAAUAUGGAAAAUCACCAAUGAAGAUGAAUUAUUCAAAAAUAUAGAAAGAAAUCAGUCACAAUGUGACACUGAAGAGGUCAAACCGGUCAAUAAAUGGUCAGUGGAGGAAGUUUGUAAAUGGUUGGAAGAGAUUGGACUAGAGCAAUAUAAAUCUUCAUUUGAACAGAAUGCUAUUGAUGGUACAGAGUUAGAAGUUAUAACAGAUAGUAUGUUACAACAGAUUGGAUUAGAGGCAAUGGGGCAUAGAAAUAAAAUUUUACGUGCCAGGAAAAUUUUGCAACAAGGUGGACCAGUGAAAUUUGUGAAAGAUACUAAUAUGAUGGAUGUUGGUGUACCUGAUGAGUUUUUGUGUCCCAUUACUAGGGAGGUGAUGAAAGACCCUGUUAUAGCUGAAGAUGGUUAUACAUAUGAAAGAUCUGCUAUUGCUGGAUGGAUGGAGAAGGGGAAAACUACAAGUCCAAUGACAAAUGGAACUCUUAAUACAAAACAACUAACACCAAAUAGAAGUCUUAAAAUGUUAAUACAACGAUAUCUGCAGGGUCAAUGACUCCUUUUAGUUCAUGUACAGGAUUUUAUAAACAGUCAAGUUGGAUUUAGUCCUGCAAUUUGGCUGAGUCUGUUAGUUUUCUUGACAUGAUGUCAAAUGAAUAGAGCAUCUAGCUGAACAGUAGCAUCUUAAUGUUUUGCUGUUUUGAGAAUCUGCAAUCUGAAUUGAUUUGUUAUAUCUUGUAUUGUUCUUAUUUUAGUAUCCUCAUAUAUGAUGUGUAUUGUAGUUGUUUAACAUGGAAUUACAUUCCCUUCUUCCUCAUUCCCAGUGGAGGGUCUUUUUUAUGCAACUGCAAUAUGUAAAGUAUAGUAGAAGAUACUCAUUUUUGGAAAAGAAGCUAGCUAUUAAGACUUGUCAAAAAAAGCAGAAAUUUUUUUUUUUUGGAAUUUUGAAUUAAAUUAUAAGAAAUGACUGUAAUAUUUUUUUUUAUUCGAAAUAACAUAAAAAAAUUUGUCACACUGAAUAACGCCCGUAGCGGGUUAUUUAACAGUGUGCAACACAUCUUUUAUGUUAUUUCGAAUAGACAGAAAAAAUAUUACAGUCAUUUCUUAUAAUUUAAUUCAAAAUUCCAUUUUAAACCGUAGAAAACCAUGAAAAAACGUUGAUGACGUCACGGUCAUAUGACUAAAUUAUAUCAGCCAAUCAGGAGACGUGUUACAUCCUAAAUUAAAUUAUAUCAUCAUAAUAAGUAAAGAACAUAAGACGGUGUUACUCACAUUGCUUAAUUACUUAACCAAUUGAACAUGCAUUGAUGUUUUGGUAACUUUGAUUUGAAUUAUAAGAAAAAUGUACCAUAAAUACUGAAAUUCAGCACGAAAAAGUUUGUAUGCAUUAUGACCUAAGAUUUGAUUCUUCAAUGCUGGUAUAACCUGCAUUUUCAUCAUCACAGGUUGACAGGUAUGAACUAUGUUUGUGUUAAGUUUCAUCUUUUCUUUCAUGCAUAAUCAAACAUAAUGAGUUUUGUAAUUCUAUGCAUAUUUUUUAAGCACGGGAUUCUUCCCUUUAGAUAACCACUGUUCUACAGGGCUUUCAUAAAUAGAAUAUAUUGUACUUCAUAAAAAUAUAUGCUGUGUUUCAAUGGACAAAUAUUAAUUUUCUUAUUUCAGAGUAAAAUGAGCUUUUAUGAUAAAGAAAUAUUUCAGUGCUUUUAGUUGUGAUCAUUUGUGAAAAAUAAUCCUUAUUGUACUUCACUGAAAGUAAAAAUAAAGCAGAAUCCCCCCAAUAAACAAAUUUCAAACUUAAUAUGUCCACAAUAACUCCACAUAGGUAGUCUUCAUUAUUCUCUUUGUGUUCUAACAUUUUUUUAAUUUUUUUUUAUAGUUUAUUGAAAGAAAAAGUUUGAUAUUAAGUUGAUUAAAUUUAUGACUAUAAUUUAUAUUGUUGUAUCCAGAGACAUAUAAUACAUUAUAUGUCUCUGUUGUAUCUAAUCAAGUAUUCAUCGAAUAAUUUACAGUUGUAUAUAGAUAUAUUAUUAUGUUUUUAUAUUAUUGUUAAAUGUUUGUGACAAAUUAAAAGAUUAGAAUUA